AUGGGGGUUAUUGAACGGAACAAGGCGGCUCUGAACGACAAGGUCGCUGCGUCCUUUGCCAAUGCCAUCAAGAAUGCACGAUUCACCACUGAAUUGCGGGCUGGUUUGACGACGUUUUUCACCAUGGCCUACAUCAUCGCCGUAAAUGCCUCAGUUCUCACUGACUCGGGUGCUACGUGUGUCUGUAAAGACCCUGUUGACCCAACAUGCCUCAAGAACGAAGAAUAUUCUCUUUGCCUCCUUGAGAUCAACCGCGACUUUAUCACUGCAACUGCUGCAAUCGCAGCGCUUGGAUCAUUCCUCAUGGGCAUGAUGGCGAACCUGCCCGUUGCGCUUGCACCCGCCAUGGGAUUGAACGCCUAUCUAGCAUACCAGAUGGUGGGUUUCCACGGCACCGGCCCAAUCGACUACCGUGUUGCUAUGACUGCGGUAUUUGUGGAAGGCUUCAUCUUCGUUGCACUUUCGCUCACUGGCAUCCGUCAAUGGCUCGCUCGCAUCAUCCCUGCUUCCAUCAAGGUAGCCUGUGGCGCAGGAAUUGGCCUCUUCCUCACCUUGAUCGGCCUCUCCUACUCUGCUGGACUCGGUGCCAUCACAGGGGCCAAAGCUACCCCACUUGAGCUGGGAGGUUGCCCGUCUGAAUACCUUGACCCGGAAACGGGUAUGUGUCUUUCGCACAAGGCGACAAAUCCCACCAUGUGGCUCGGUUUCCUUGUUGGCGGUGUCUUCACUGCUCUGCUGAUGACUUACAAAGUCCGUGGAUCUAUGAUUGUAGGCAUCGCACUGGUAUCGUUCUUCUCUUGGCCUCGUGAUACCUCCAUUACAUACUUCCCACGCACAUUGGUAGGAGACAGUCGCUUCGAUUUCUUCAAGAACGUAGUCGGUUUCCAUCCUAUCCAGAACACACUUCUGGCACAGAACUGGGAUUUGUCCAAUGUGGGAGGUCAGUUCAUCUUGGCGGUCUUCACCAUGCUUUAUGUCGACAUCCUCGACGCUACCGGUACUCUGUACUCAAUGGCUCGAUUUUCCGGUGUCGUAGACCCUGAUACUGGCGACUUUCCCCGCAGUACCCUCGCCUAUAGCGCUGAUGCCAUCUCCAUCUCUAUCGGCUCCCUUUUUGGAUCGUCCCCAGUGACUGCUUUCGUCGAGUCUGGUGCUGGUAUCCAAGAAGGCGGUCGCACAGGUAUAACAGCUAUCACAACAGGCAUAUGCUUCUUCAUCUCUCUCUUCUUUGCCCCUAUAUUUGCCUCCAUUCCUCCCUGGGCUACGGGUGGUGCUCUCAUACUAGUCGGAUGCAUGAUGAUGCGCGGUGUCCUGGCCAUCAACUGGAACUACCCCGGUGACUCGAUCCCAGCCUUCGUCACACUCAUGUUUAUGCCUUUCUCGUAUUCCAUCGCGUAUGGUCUCAUUGCUGGCAUCAUGUGCUACGCCAUUAUCAACACUACUACUUGGUUUCUUGCUACCAUCUCUGGUGGACGCCUACUUCCUCCCGAUUACGAUAACAAGGAAUACUGGAGCUUCAGGUCAGAUUCCCCACGCGCUCAGCCCUGGUUCAUCCGGGCGUUGAAAGGCGACAAGCAGUUCUGGAGACCCCAGGAUACCACUUCUUUCGAGCUAGAGUCUACUGAGACUCACCAGCCCAAGGCUUGA